GUCCUCUCCCGGCUUCCGUAGACGUUCAUUCGCUGUCAGUGUGCGGUGACAGACAGCCGUUGGUGAGCCCCCAACCUAGAUCCAAGUUUAUUAUGGAAGAGAUCAAUAACAUUGAAGUCGUUCCGUGCACAGAGUCAGACUAUCUGAAACCGUUCAGGGCGCAUUAUAACCAGAAUGGCACAAAGAAAUCCUGGGACUUCAUGCGAACCCAUGACAGUGUAUCAGUGCUGAUCUUCAACUCAACCUCACACUGUUUUGUCCUUGUCAAGCAGUUCCGUCCAGCUGUAUACAUGUGUGAGUGGGAAAGGACCAAGAAGCAGCCUCCUCAAUCUGCUGAGAAAACUGAGGAGGGUGCAGCUGAAGCCGCAGCCCCUGAGUCUCAGGAGGGACAGUCAGCCUCAGAAGGGGAGAGCUCUUCUGAGUGGCCCCCGGCCUCAGCGGGGAUCACCUAUGAGCUCUGUGCCGGGCUGGUGGACAAACCCGACCUGUCUCUGGAGGAAAUCGCCCGGCAGGAGGUGCUGGAGGAGUGUGGAUACGAUGUCCCUGCUGAUAAACUGAAGAGGAUUACUUCCUACAGGUCAGGCGUAGGUAUAACAGGUGCCAAGCAGACCAUGUUUUACGCUGAGGUGUCCGACGACAACUGUGUCAGCGCAGGCGGAGGUGUAUGUGCUUGUACCUACUGAGUCCCACACCAGUUCUCUUAGAAGAGGGCUGAGUAUCAUUUUCAGGCAUCUUAAAGCAGGUAUCUGGUGUCUCUCAAGCUCUAAAUGCAUUAUUCUGACCUGCACAAUCAAACAAAACCAAGAGAAUUUAAAUAAACCAAACUAAAUAUGCGUGGUUUCACACACAGUAUUUUCCAUGCUAACCAUGUAGCAAUAUAUGCAUAUAACCCUUAAGCCAUAUUUAUCUCCUCCUAUGCCUAGUCAUUGAGCUUCUUUGCCGUUCUGUCCAUCAAAGAUCAUUUCUUGAUACAGGACUGUGUGGUUUGGAAUUAUUUUAUUUUGUUUAGGUUUUUUUUGAAAAAGAAUUCUCAUUUACUCAGUUGAUAUUUUUUCUCAGUAUUAAAGGAGCCCCCAAACCUGAUUGUUAGUAGAUGUUUAACACUAAAUCAGAUUCUCUUUGUGUUUAUCAAUUCAAACUACAGGGUAUGUCUCUUUCUAACAUAUAUCAGGACACUUUGGAAAAAUGUGGAAAGCACCUUUGGAAAAUAGAAAUGACCAGUGAAAGACAAAAUAUUUUUUGCCACACCUCACGGCCUGAUAACCCACCUUUCAUAUCUCCAAAUGUUUCAGAAAGGUUUGAUUCGGCAUCGUACUCUCGUCAGUUCGGAGACCUUGAUGUCUUCUUCUCCUUAUUUCGUCCAUGUUCUUCCUUGCGACAGUAUUCUCUUUAGUCUUCAGUUUAGUAAAAUCUGACAGAAGUGUGUAUUGGAGAACCUCAGUGAAAGAUUACCACUGGUGCUGACAUUUUUCCAUCGUCUUGUUCUUGUCUGAGAUGAGUCUGUUUUGGAAGCUAAGGGAACUUUUUAUCUUGAUAUGACUUAGGUGUUGCCCACAUUUUGAUAGAAUUCAAAGAGGUUAGCCAUAGCCAUUGUAAAGAUUAAUGAAACAAACAAGAAAUCCCUUUUGUACAGUAUACUGUAUCAAGCAUCUUUUUGCUGAAACAAAGCUAACUGCUUCUGAUUUGACUUGACAUUAAAUGGGACAAACAAAAGCUAUUUUAACUUGUAGGCCAUGUCUGUAACUUUUCGUGCCUGUCAAAUGUGGAGACCUGCCAUGCAACUUUUUUUUUUGGCUGAUAUUAUUUUUCUCUUGGAGGAAAGUAGUUGGCAGUAUGACCCAGCAAAGGUGCACAGUUCACCACACCUUCCCUCCAACUGUUAUCUGGAAGUCGAGUGCGUGUAGUUUAGGUUGCAACAGACGUGCAGCUGCAUUAAUGAUUGACACAUUUCAAACAAAAGCGACACAGUAAAUGUGAAGAGCAGCGGCAAGUGGGAGGGAUUAUGUCCAACAUCUAACAAUGUUAUGAUUGAAGCUCGAUUGUUGUAGCGUAUUCGGUUGAAAAGAAGCAGAACCAGCGUGGCAGCACUUCAGGUUCAGCUGGUUCGGUCAGAUACUUUGUAAAGGCAGUUAAAUAUUUGAGUGAAAUUUAAAUUUAUGUUCACUCUGUGUUUUGAUUUUGUUCAACCUGUGCAGUCAAAUUCACAAGUUGAUCUACUUUAUUAGACCUGCACUCAAUUUUAGACUUUUUUUAAUAAACUAUUUUAAUUUGUAUAUCUACAAAAUCUUGAAUUUAAAGCCAAACUUUGCACUCUCAUAGUGCUGCAUUUUAGUCUAAUGGAAGCCAUGAUUGGCAGUGUUCUUGCAGAACUUAGAGGAAAAAGUUGGACAUUUCAGGAAAUAGGUUUUCUGGCAGAGAUGCCAGCUGCUGGCUACCUUAGCAGGAAACUGCUUACCUGGCUCUGUCCAAAGGUGACAAAAUAUGCCUCCACCACGGGGAGAUCACGUCACGGUGGCUUCAUUUCUGGGAGCUGUCAUGGCAUCCAUAUUUUAUACAGUUGAUGGUUUGCAUACAGACAAACAAAAAA